AAAAAAAUAACAUAAUAUUGUUUAAAAUAAACACACAUAUUAAUUACGGUAUAUAUUACAAAAUGAUUAUAAACUUAAUUUUUGUUAGACUUUGGCGUGGGGGAUAAGUUAAUUAGUAGAUGUUUUCUUUAGGGUUUACAAGUCUUAUUAUAAAUAGGAUUGCUCGACCGACAACCUCUUGAACUCCUGUUGAGCUCAAUAACUUCAACGAUAAGAAGAUUGAAUCCUGCAUUCCUGCUCAGAGAGAUGGAGUUGAAGCUGUACAGCACGUACACGCAGCAGAAGGAAGUUUUCAGACCGAUCAAUCCCGGGAAAGUCGGAUUGUACGUCUGUGGAAUCACAGCUUACGAUUUCAGCCACAUCGGCCAUGGUCGCGCCGCCGUUCCCUUCGACGUUCUCUACAGAUUCUUGAUGUAUUUGGGUUAUGAAGUUACUUACGUCAGAAAUUUCACAGAUGUUGAUAACAAGAUAAUCGAACGUGCUAAGAAGAAUGGAGAGAAACCGUUAGAGUUGAGUAAUCGAUUUUGCCACGAGUAUUUGGCUGAUAUGGGUGCUCUUCAGUGCCUCCUUCCCACCCACCAGCCUCGUGUCAGCGACCAUAUGGAUCACAUUAUUAAUAUGAUUCAAAAGAUCAUUGAGAACGGUUGCGGGUAUGCUGUGGAAGGAGGCGAUGUGUUCUUCUCUGUCGACAAAUCACCAAACUAUGGUAAGUUGUCGGGUCAGCUGCUGGAACAUACACAGGCUGGUAAGCGAGUUGCGGUUGAUUCGAGGAAGCGUAACCCUGCUGAUUUUGCAUUAUGGAAGGCUGUAAAACCUGAUGAGCCGAGUUGGGAGAGCCCGUGGGGUCGAGGAAGACCGGGAUGGCACAUCGAGUGCAGUGCCAUGAGUGCUCACUAUCUGUCCCCGAGAUUUGACAUUCAUGGUGGUGGUGCAGAUUUGAUAUUCCCACACCAUGAAAAUGAACUUGCUCAGACAUGUGCUGCAUGUGAGCAUGGUGGUGUUAAUUACUGGAUGCAUAAUGGCCAUCUCACUAUCAAUAACGAGAAGAUGGCAAAGUCAAAGGACAACUUCAAACCAAUCAGAGAAAUCACAGAACGUUACCAUCCAUUGGCUCUGAGGCACUUUUUGAUAAGUGUACACUACCGCUCUCCUCUGAGCUUCUCAGCGUCAAAGCUAGACAGUUCCUCAGAACUUUUGUAUUAUGUUUAUCAGACAUUGCAAGAUCUUUUUGACGCUCUCUUGCCAUAUCGAGAGGCAAUGUCUGAAGACGGUGGAAAAGCUGAACCGACUUCAGAAGCCAAAGAGAUCAUUAUCAAACUCAAAAGUGAGUUUGACGCAAAGAUGUCAGACGAUUUGAAUACUGCCCAUAUAUUCACGGGUGAAUACGAUCGUGCAUUGAAAUUCAUCAACUCUUCCAUCGGCAAACUCGAGAACAUGCAGGAGAAAGAGAGGAUGUCACUGCUUGUCUCACUUGUUGAGAUUGAGAGAGGAGCCAGGAAAGUUCUCGAAGUGCUUGGUCUGCUCACUACCCUGAGCUAUUCCGAGAUUCUGAAAGAGAUGAAACAGAAAACACUAUCAAGAGCAGGAUUGAGCGAACAAGACCUUUCACAACUAAUUCAAGAAAGGAUAAUGGCGCGGAAGAACAAAGAGUUUGAGAAAAGUGAUGUGAUUAGAGCACAACUGGCAGUUAAAGGAAUAGCUUUAAUGGAUGUUGUUGGUAAAGAAACUGUGUGGAGGCCAUGCUUACCUUCUUCUCAUGCUACUAAUUCCAGCGACUAAGCAAAAGAACAAUCUUUUUCAUCUCUCUUUCUUCUUCUUUAGCUCUUGUUUAAUAUUCUCUUUAAUAGACACUUGUUGCUGUUUUUGUUUGUCCCUGAAUUAGUGAAUUUUCACAAUGACAAUUUUGAAUCAAUUGUAACUGUAUAUGUUACUUUGGAUAUUUGCUCUAGCGCCGAACAUGAUUUAGAUUGUUCACAAUGACCAAGUAUAUUAUCCAGUUAUGCGAUUUCCGCUUUCCGAAACUGAACCAAACUUUUGGUUUUCGGUUAACAAAAAACAGUAAUAUUAAUUCAGAGAUUAACCGAAUAACAUUUUGUUUGGUACGGUUCGGUUAUCAGUUGAAACCGAAAUUAAUACGGUCUAAAUCGUGUAUUUUCGGUUAAGUUCCGUUAUCUUAGUUAAGUUUAAUUGAUUAUGGUUAACAUCGGUCCAAUUUAGACAUAAACCGGUUUAGUUUUGGUAUAAUAAUUUAUUUUUCUUCAAGAAAUUACAUCUGAAUCACGACGGAUUUACUCAGAUCCUCCGAUGAAGCUUCCGCGAACGACGACGACGACGACGGGAGAGUCAUUCUGGGGAUACUUCUUCGUGAUAAUUGGUUCCGUCUCCUUCUUCGGAUUCGUCUUCGCAGUCAUCGCUUCAACUUUGUUCCCCCUCUCUCAAAAUCCGUUAAACCAAGGUCUGAAGAAUGAUAGGUACUAUUACUGCUUCUUGGUCCCCUUGACUAUACCUGUUAUAACCGUCGCCGUCUACUUUCAUUGGCUAAGCAUGAAGCUCUUCAAGCACGCCUGAUAUACAUCCCAUUAGAAUUUGUGAUUUUCAAUUUCACUCUCUCACAGCUUGAUGAAGCUAAUUUGAUGACAGUGUUAUAUGCAUUCUUCUAGA